GACGCGUUUCGCAUGGCCUAUGGCGAUAACGUGCUUCCAGGUGCUGAAGUAGCCGCGUUGGCGCGCGCGAUGGCGGCCAUCAGCGGUUCGCCGCGGCCAUCGAGACUCCCUAGAGGGCACGGUAAGUCUUCAGCUUCAGUCCGCUACUCGAAAUUGGUGUGCAUGGAGUUCAUAGAGGAUAUGACUCACGGUACUGCAGCUGCGCAUUGACAUUGACGAGUAGGGCGCGCGCCCUCCGAGUGCGCGCCAACUGCACCCGGGCAGCUGCCGAUGUACGGCGCUCGUCCGAGUUCUCCUAGCAACCUCUCAUGAGCCAUCGCAGUAUUAAAGCACUGUGGCAUCGACAAUUUCUUACAACCCUAAGCAAUUACAACUGCGACAUCUUACGAAGCUCAUCAGGUCAGACUUAGCGUUUUGCAACAAUCAGCCUCUUCAUCACCAAACUGCAAACAUGAAUUUAGCAGCCAUAAAUAGGGUCAAAGUUUUAGUAGCUGUCUGCCUGGCAAUCGCGGCGCCAACACACGCAGCGGGCACCGGCGCGCGGCCUGAAUCGGUGGCGGCCUUCCUGCGCGGCGGCAACUUGCCAAGCAUGGGCAACAUAGGUGCACUGGCAGCAGGGACUUCAUCCAUCACUCCCGCUACUCAGGCAGCCGCCACCAGCACCGCCCGACCGCUGCAGCGCCUGCUGCAAUCCGACCCCACACUGCCCUUCACCUGCACCGGCAUCUCCCCGCCACAAAACUGCAAGCCGUCGCCGCUCUUUGGCAACAGCAUGGACUGCAGCCAGGCCACCUGCCCCCUGGAGCCCGCGGACGCCACCACGUUUGAGGACUGCGUGUGCGCCACGAACUGCCGCGGCGCAGUGAUGAUCGCGCAGUGCGCGGUGGGCUACAGGCAGUGCGACCAGAGCUGCGUGCCCUUGAUGCAGACUGGCUGCCCCAGCUCCUGCUACCUCAAUUUGGCGUUCUACACCUACUGCCGGUGUUCACCGGCCGAGGUCGCGGAGUGCGUGCAGUCGGUGGUGGAGGCAGUCAAACAGACCUACCUGCAAGUGUGCGCCAAGCUGCCGCGCCGGGAUGGCAGCCCCGUCAACGCAUUGCCGCCCCAAACCUGGGAGCCCGCGCCCGCGCCCAUCCAGCCGGAGCCGGAGCCAUUCCCUGAGCCGGAGCCGUCCCCUGAGCCGGAACCGUCCCCUGAGCCGGAACCCACCCCUGAGCCGGAACCGUCCCCUGAGCCGGUGCCAUCAUCUUCUCCCUCGCCUACCCGCUCGCCCUUACCUUCGCCUGCUGCUUCUCCAUCACCCUCCCCAUCCCCCAAGCCGUCGCCCUCCCCGGCCCUCCGGCCACCGCCCCCUUCCCUAAGCACCCCGGAGCCUGACGCCCUCUACGGCCCGCCUCCAGCGUGGGAGGACGCCUCUCCGCCGCCGCCCUCCCCACGGCCGCCACGCCCGCGCCCGCCCAGCCCCAAAGCCUCACCGCCGCCCAGCCCUCAGCCCUCUCGUACUUCACCCAGCCCCGUGCCUCUCCUUCCUCCCCAGAGCCCACAGUCCCCGGAUCUGCCUUCUCCCGCCGAGCCUCCCAGCCCCGAGCCACCCAGCCCCGAGCCACUCACCCCCGAGCCACCCAGCUCUGAGCCACCGUCACCUGAGCCGCUGCUGCCGCCCCAGAGCCCCAGCUAUGGACAGCCCACGCCGGCCCCUUCCUACAGUCCUGCUCCCCCGUACGGCGGCUCGUACCCGCCUUCGCCUGUGUACGGGCCGUACGGUGGCGUUCAGCCGCCACCGCCUGCUGCUUACGGGUCGUACGGCAGCCCUCCUUCGCCAGUGUACGGCGGUUACAGCUCAAGUCCGUCCCCCUCCGCAGCUUAUGGGUCCACCGAUACGAACCGUCCGCCUCGGCCGCCACGCAAGCUCCAUUCCCGGCCGCGCCCCGUGCCGCAGUGAGGGGCUAGGGGCGUGCUCCCGAACAUGCAUUUGAAUGAAUUGCAUGGUACCACGCAGCAGGUGCAGGCAAAUACAAUACGGUAUUCGUACAUAUAGAGGAAUGCCGCACAAAAGCGCAUUCGCAUGUUGGUGUGUGCGUGAGGUUGAGCAGUUUCGAGCAGGGCUUUCCUGUACAUACUUCAUCUGUACAUACUUCAUCUGUCUUCAUCGGUGCGGAACUGCAUUGAGCAGGCCAGUAGCGGGAGCUAAUCAGGGAUCCGCGGGUCGCCUCCGCCUCGAAGCAUCUUAUUUAUCACCGUAUUGAAUGUAAGCAUGGUGUGGGCCUGAGUAACAGCUCUAUGUCCAGAGCAGUCCAGAACCGUGUGCAUGUCUCUGGGUGUCCAAUCCCAGCAGCGCCGGCCUGUAGCCUUUGCCCGGUAGUCGUGUUUAUAUGUGGGUGUUCCUAUGGUGGUACGGGGGGGUUGGCUGCACACAGGAUCAGUACAUUCACGGACACACGCAUGGACACGCAUGACGUACAACGCAUGGUGUGGAGCGGGGGACGGAGGUUCGCUGCGAACGUUAUGAGCUGUAUGGGGCGGAUGCAAUGACAUACUGUAGUGGGUGGCGCAGCGGACCACGCAACAAACAUUUGCAGGAUGGCACAUGAGCAUGGCAUCUCCACCUGACGAGGUUGCCGCACGGGGUUGCCGGUCAAGGGAGCUGCACCGGGUUGUGGUGUUGGCAUGCAACUCGGGCGUCAGGUGCCACGGGCUGUAACACGUAUUUCGGUAUUUGUGACAAGACACCAACCAUGGUGCUUACCCGUGUCCCCCGAGCCUGAACGCCACCAAUCAGUCACUGGGAGCCCCAGAUUGGCAGGCCUGCAAGGCAAUUGCGGUAGUUGAUGUCAGGCGGCGCCGCUCCCCCAAGGCUGGUUUCGCUUCCCCCUUCGGCCCCAACCCAAUGUCCACUUCCGUAGGCCCAGGGACAUGUCAUCCUGGAAAAUUGGAAACGCGUUGACUUACACUCGGCUGGGUUCUUCUUCUCGAGGGGGUAUCGCGGAGAUAUCCGAUGAAUGAUAGCUAGGGAGCUCUCCAGUGUCGAGUGACCAGACACACCCCUUCGCAUUGUACACGUAACCAGCAGGUGAAUCCACGAGCGUGCAGAGCAGCGUAUGUGCAGGUCCUGAUAGUGCAUCGCCAACAACAGUGCUCCCCAGUGUACCGGUAGGAACGCCACCGGGACCAGGGCAUGCCGGGACUACCGGGCCGGCCAUCAUUGCCACGACAGCCAUCUG